AUGGCUGACGCAGACACGCCUCCGCGGGAUUCGACCCCCAGCACCUCCUUCGCUCCUGCGACAACGGCGACGACCACGGCAGUUUUCAUUCCCCAGAAACGAGCAAUCGAGGAGGACCAUGCUCCCUCAGUCCCAUCACCCCUGAACCCAGACGUACGAUCAACGCCACAGGCACAGUCCACAGACGACAUGCCUGCCCACACGCGCGACAAGCGGGCUAAGAAGGAGUCGUACAAGAAGCGCGAGUCCAAAGUCACCUUUGGCGGCGACAGCAACCGCGGCACCCCUGACCCCAAGAGCAAGAGUAAAAAUGCCAAUUCUCGAGACAAGGAAGAGCCCUCGUCCUCCGAGUCUGGCCCGCUGCGGUAUAAGCUGCCCGCGGCGAAGCAGACCGACUUCGACCCGCCCCGUGGUCCCGUCUUCAUCUCCCACCACGAAGUACCCUCCCUCGACCGACAGGGCAAGAUUGCUUUCUUCGAGACCUCUGACCAUGUCUACAACAAGAAGAGCUACCACUACACCCACUGCAUCGCCGAUCCCGCCUUUCCCUCGUCCCUCUACUACCGCCAGACCGAGCCCUUACCCCAUGGGCCUCACAUGAGCUUUGAGGACUCGGCCACCCACAUGUUCUUCGACCAGUCCGGGCGCCACAUCACCACUCACAAGGGCUUUCGUAUGACCCGCGCCAACGUCGCCAUCCGCCAGGGCCGCUUCUACUACGAGGUCAAGAUCAACAGAGGCAUCGUCAAGGACCCCGGGCCUGGCGACCCCGAGUCCAACGGCCACGUUCGCAUGGGGUUCGCGCGUCGCGAGGCCGCCGUCGACGCGCCUGUCGGUUUCGAUGCCUAUAGCUACGGCAUCCGCGACAAGGCUGGUCAGAAGGUCUACAUGUCCCGGCCCAAGGACUUCUUCCCUGCCGGCGAGGACAUUCAAGAGGGCGACGUCAUCGGCCUCGAGAUUCAGCUGCCCUCUGAGCAUCUCCACCGCAAGGUCGUCACAGGUCGCUACAACCCCGCCGUCGACCUCGACACGUCCGCUUCCUGCGAUCCCCACGGCGGAACCAGCGAGGCCCCCAACAUUCUCGAGGACCUCAUGAGCCCCAACCCCGUCGUCAACCCCGACUCGGCCGAGCAGCCCAACCCCGUCCACGCCCUACCCGCCCUGCGCACUCUGCCGGGGUCCCACAUCAAGGUGUACAAGAACGGCGUGCCCAUGGGCACCGCCUUUGAGGACCUCCUCGCCUUUCUUCCGCCAGCCUCCAAGCCACUCGCCGCCCCCGGCGCGCGCGAGGGCUUCGACGACGGCAUGCUGGGGUACUACCCCGCCGUCAGCGUUUUCCGCGGCGGCGCCGCCGAGGUCAACUUUGGACCCGACUUUUGGUGUCCCCCUGCCGCCAGCCCUGGCCAAGAAGACAUGGCCAUGGGGGGCGUCGACGACGUGCAGGCCCCGCUGCUGCCCGUGUCCGACCGCUAUACGGAGCAGAUUGCCGAGGACGUCGUUUACGACAUUAUUGACGAGGUGGACUUUUGGAUGCAGGACGGCGGACAGGUUCUCGAUCACGCCAAGGACGAGCGCAAGGGCGGCAACGACGUCGGCCUGCCUGACCAGGAGGAGAUCAAGGAGGUCGUGCAGGAUGAUUGA